AUGGCAAGUAAGCUCAAAGUAGACCAGCUCCGAACCGAGCUCGCCAAGCGUGGGCUUGACACCAACGGAACCAAGCCCUUUCUGGUGCAGAGACUGGAGGAAGCUUUGCUUAAAGAGAAGAAGAACGAAGAGGAGAAUAAAGAAAAUGAUGCUAAUAAUGCAAUUGAAAGUAACAAGAAAAAAAGAGGGAGCGAGUCUAAUCAAAAUAAUAAUGAUGAUGAAGAUUCAAACAAAAUCAAGGCCGUUGAGGAGUUUCGGCAAAUGAGUGUUAAGCAAUUACGCGAGCAAGCUACUCUUCGAGGUCUUUCCACUGUUGGGACCAGAAAAGAACUCACUGAGAGGCUUUGCGAAGAUGCAGAGAAAAACUCUGUUGACGAGGUGGUUAAAGAAGAAGAAGAAGAAGAAGAAGAAAAAGAGAAAGACAGUAGCAAGGAGGAGAAAAUCGUUACGGCGACAAAGAAGGGUGCGGCAGUUCUUGACCAAGGGAUUCCAGAUCAUAUAAAGGCUCAUUAUCAUGUUUUACAACAGGGUGAUAAUAUCUAUGAUGCCAUGUUGAAUCAGACGAAUGUUGGGCAUAACAAUAACAAGUUCUAUGUGAUCCAACUUCUAGAAUCUGAUGAUUGGAAGACAUACAUGGUAUAUAAUAGAUGGGGUAGAGUUGGUAUAAAGGGUCAAACUAAAUUACACGGCCCCUUUACAUCACAACAAGCUGCAAUUGUUGAGUUUGAAUCAAAGUUCUUUAACAAGACCAAUAACUAUUGGUCCAACAGAAAAGACUUUGUCUGUUACCCAAGGUGCUAUACCUGGCUGGAAAUGGACUAUGAUGAAAAAGAAAAAGAAUCUGAUCUCAAAGAAAAGACAGACUCUUCCGUUGGUGCUCAAUUGCGAGAGACAAUGCUUGAACAACGCAUUGCUAAAUUUAUCUCUCUUAUAUGCAAUAUCAGCAUGAUGAAGCAACAAAUGAUGGAAAUAGGAUACAAUGCUGACAAGUUGCCACUUGGUAAGCUAAGCAAAUCAACAAUUUUAAGGGGCUAUGAUGUCUUAAAAAGAAUUGCUGAUGUGAUUGGCCAAUCAAACAGGAGCAAACUUGAGCAAUUAAGCUCGGAAUUCUAUACUGUGAUUCCACAUGAUUUUGGAUUUAAAAAAAUGCGUGAUUUUGUCAUUGACACGCCUCAAAAGUUGAAAAAGAAGUUGGAAAUGGUUGAAGCCCUGGGAGAAAUAGAGGUUGCAGCGAAAUUAUUAACGGACGACACUAUGAUGGAGGAAGAUCCUUUACAUUAUCGUUACCAACAGCUUCAUUGUGAACUGAUUCCACUGGACGAUGACUCUGAGGAAUUUGCUAUGAUUGCGAAGUAUUCUCAGAACACUCAUGCAAAGACGCAUUCACAUUAUACUGUUGAUAUUGUUCAAAUAUUCAAGGUGGCAAGAGAAGGUGAAAUUGAACGCUUUAAAAAGUUCUCUGCAACCAAAAAUAGAAUGCUUUUGUGGCAUGGUUCCCGGCUUACUAACUGGACUGGCAUUCUGUCCCAAGGUUUGCGCAUAGCUCCACCUGAAGCACCUGUAACAGGUUACAUGUUUGGAAAGGGGGUUUACUUUGCUGAUAUGUUCUCCAAAAGUGCAAAUUAUUGCUACACUAGUUCUUCCUUUACAACUGGGGUGCUGCUUCUAUGUGAGGUUGCACUGGGUGACAUGGCUGAGCUUCUACAAGCUAAAAGUGAUGCUGAUAAGCUGCCAGAUGGGAAGUUGAGCACAAAAGGUGUUGGUGCAACUGCACCAGAUCCCUCUGAAGCCUGGACACUUGAUGAUGGUGUCAUAGUUCCCCUUGGAAAGCCGAAGGAGCAAAAACGUGAGGGUGCUUUAUGGUACAAUGAAUACAUAGUCUACAAUAUGGAUCAGAUUAGGAUGCGUUACUUGGUUCAAGUUAAUUUCAAACACCCCAAGUAGUUUUCCUUCCAAUUGUGGAUUGACUUGCUCAUAUUUGUUCUAUCACCAUUUUGUGCUGCGGUUCUUAAUCUCUCUUAUCUUGUAAUUUCAUGAAAUUAUAUUUCCUUCUAUCUGUCAACCCCUUUUGGAUACCAGGCAGGGGAUUUGUCAUGCUGUAGUGCUCUAAUUUCAUACAUUUUUAACUUAAUGAAUCGAAUCCCUUAUUUCUUUUA